AGUGUAUGAAGCUUAGAUGAUGGCGGGAGCGAACUCUUCCUCCUUCAUCGCCUUCGCCCCUUCCCUCCUUGGAGUCCCUUGCCAUAACCCUAAAUCCACCUUUCAUUUCUCUCCCAGAAGCGCGGCGAACGGGGCCUCCGGCAGGCGGAAGCGCCCCUCUGUCUCCGAUGUCGAGCUAGCGAUCGGCGCCGGGAAGUUCCGCGAUCGCGAUUUCAGGCCGAACAAGGAAACUCCGGGGUUUAUCGAUAUUGUGCAGUCGAGCCCCAUUGGUCAGGAGGAGAGCGACGUCGAGCGGAGGCUUCGCGGGGUUGGGGAAUGGAUGGUUCAGAAGACGGAGGGAGAAGGUCGUUCGGGGCAGGAGGUUCUGAUGUUAUUUGGCUUAAAAAUUCUACCUAUCUGGCUUUUUGCACUUCUCGUGGCUUCUGGUAUUGUAAAGCUGCCAUUCAGCAUCCCAUUUCUGGAUGAUUAUCUUAUGUAAAGGAUGAAAAUUUUUAGUCCAGUCCACGAAAGAUUGGAAUAUUUUCACAAUACUGGUGAUAUUUAUAACCAUGGUCAGAUUCAAGGAAUGGACCUCUUAGCUCCACCCUAUGUUUGUACUUUGACUGUCUAUAUUCAGGUAAGCGAUAAUAUCUAGAUUAGAUCCAGUUAACCGACACGCCUCCAUUGAGACAUGGGGUUGGAGUUGCUCACCAUUUGGUUUAGUUCCGGCAUAAGCUCAUAUGGGUUCGUUAAAUGGGCUUGGCUGGCCAAGUUAAAAGCUGCUUGUAAGCUAAGCAACUUGAGCUUAAAUAUAGGGAGUCAGAUGCAGCUUGAGAUCCUGAACCUUGACUUUCUGUUUUUCUUGUACAAACCUUUUUAGUGCUAGUGGUUCACCAACAAAUACAUCAGUGCUCCAUAUCAUCUGUCAACAUGGUCUUUAAAUAUCUCGAAGACCUAUGGAUCGAUAUAUUACAUGAUCUGCUUAUGAAUAGAAUCAGUGCAUGGCUUUACUCUUAACAUUCAAUGCAAGUGUUAAUUUCGAUUGGUUUUCUUUAUUUUGCAAAGAAAUAUGUACUUAUGGCGUGAGAGAUUAUCAUUCUUUUCCUGUUUAUUUUCUUUCUAAAGAUGUCUCCUUUUACUUAUUAAUCCAACUCAGAUCGUUCCAAAAAGUAAUCAUGCAUGCAUAUGAUAUUAUGAAUCCCACUAAUUUGAAUGUGAUGAG